CAGCGCAUGCGCAGUACAUCCCGGUGCUACGUACACCAGUGUUCAAACUUUGCGGACAACUGCGUCGCACGCCUCAACAGCGUAAAGCCUUUCCAAUGCCGUGGUUCGGAUUUGGCUUUAACGCAUUUGGACAAAUAUACGUCCACGAGGACCUGAUAAAAGGAGAGUGUAGCGACAGUGCUAAGCAAGUCAAAGUGAGUAAACCGACAGAGCUUUCCGGUCAGGUGGACAGACGUGACUGCUGCUUGAAGACUGAAAUAAGAGCAAGUUGGAGUCGAAGAGCAUCUUUGCAUUUGGACAGUGACAGCUGCGUGUGCCUCGCAGGGUUCGUCUCCAGUGAGUCAUGUAACGCGCUCCCUGUGAAAGAGAGCCGCGGCUGUAAAGACGCCAUCAUCAGUGAGUCGUACUUGACCCUCGCUUUCUCAGACAGACUUGAGUCCUGGGAUCUGCAGAAGGAAGAGAAGACUCCCUCGUGGAGCAUGGCCAUAAAAACACACCCAGAGAGCUCUGGACCCUCCGUGGAUCUCCCGUUGGUCCCUGGGGGUUACAUAGCCACGACACCGCCCCUCUACCGCUCCCUGUCACCACAGCUGAGAGCCAAGAGUCUGGCUCUGAGUUCAGAGCACGCCGUCCUCCUCAGUGCCUCUGGAGCUGUGUACACCUGGGGACUGGGCAGCCAUGGUCAGUUGGGGCACGGAGGCCUCACCUCUGAGGAGGAGCCCAGGGUAGUAGAGGCACUCUGGGGGAUGACCAUGAGCUGUGUAGCUACAGGAAGCUGGCACUCUGUCUGUAUCAGUGACGGGGGAGAUCUCUAUGUGUGGGGCUGGAAUGAAAGUGGCCAGCUUGGACUUCCAUCACGAGGUCUGAGGAAAGCACUGCAGCAGCAAAGUAGCCAACAAGCAGGAGCACUACAUCCAGAUGCCAGCACAUCUCCCGCUGAGGAGCCUCAGGAGGGAGAGAAACAUGAAGAGGUAUUCAUAUCAAUCCAGGCAUUCCCGGCUCUGCUGGACGUCACUCCCUCAUCGUGUGAAAUCAGAACGGUCAGCUGUGGAUGCCGCCACACAGCUGCAGUAUCGACCACAGGGGACCUCUACACUUGGGGCUGGGGUGACUAUGGCCAACUUGGACAGCAGACUUUGGUCAGUUCAGAUGAGCCCCAGCGGGUGGAGUUCUUCCGGGAGCAGCAGAUGCAUGUGACUGACGUAGUGUGUGGGGCAUGGAACACUUUUGCUGCUGUCGUCAAGGAGGAUGUAGCUUGCUCUUAAAAAUAUGAUUGGAUCCCCUUGAUAAACGUGGACACUGGACUUUGGACAACAUACCAGGAAGUGUAAAUUAUCAGAACAAAAGACUGAAUUUAUUUUGUGGUAUACAAGUUCUUAUUUGUGUAUGUUAAAACAAGCAACUUCAUAAAUGAGCACUUUUUGGAAA